CCGUGAGGCGGGGCCGCACCGCCCGCCCCCGUGAGGCGGGGCCGCCUUUUCCGCCGCGGCCUUCCGGUGAUGGCGGCGGGCGGCAGCGACCCGCGGGCGGCAGACGUGGAGGAGGACGCCUCGCAGCUCGUCUUCCCCAAAGAAUUUGAAACUGCGGAAACUCUGCUGAACUCUGAGGUGCACAUGCUGCUCGAGCAUCGCAAGCAGCAGAAUGAGAGCGCGGAGGAUGAGCAGGAGCUGUCAGAAGUCUUCAUGAAGACCUUGAACUACACAGCGCGCUUCAGCCGCUUCAAAAACCGUGAGACCAUCGCCAGCGUGCGCAGUUUACUGCUCCAGAAGAAGCUCCAUAAGUUUGAAUUGGCGUGUUUGGCUAACUUGUGUCCUGAGACAGCUGAGGAAGCAAAAGCUCUGAUUCCUAGCCUGGAGGGCCGGUUUGAAGAUGAGGAAUUACAGCAGAUCCUCGAUGACAUCCAGACGAAACGCAGCUUCCAGUACUAAGGAACUCCUAAAGGAUGCGAAAACUUGUUCUUGGUUCUCAGAAGGUUCAGUGAUGGGCAGCAUCAAUUUCUGUGGUGUUUUUGUUUGUUUGUUUUACUGUUUGAUCAGGACGGUGAAUUUUUACAGCUUCAAUAUUUUUCUAUUAUUGUUUAGUGUAAAUUAAAAGAUAUUUUAAAUUAAAGUUGUGUGUUUUAUAAA